UACCUUUCUCGCCUGAGCCUCACCAACUUUCGCAACCUGGUGCAGAUUGACUUGGAACUGCCCCCUGGGAUAGUGGUGUUCUUUGGCCCCAACGCCCAAGGGAAAACCACUUUGGUGGAAGCGGUGUACCUUUUGGCCAUUUCGCGGUCGUUCAGGGCUGAGAACGAACGCGAGGUAGUCAACUUCGAUGCGGCGGCGGAAGGUGGUCAAGCCCUUGUCGGGGGCACGGUCGAGCGAAAGGAGGACCGUCUGGCGGUAUACGUGGGGUACCAGAGCGUCCCUGCCGCAACUCCGGGCUCCGGGGGUUAUGCUGUCCGCAAGGAAAUCCGCGUAAGCCGGGUCCGUUUUACCGCCGCCCAGUUGGUCGGCUUGGUGACCUCGGUCCUUUUCACCGCUGACGACGUACAACUGGUCCUGGGGGCGCCGUCAAUCCGGCGGAAAUUCCUGGACAUCCUUAUUUCCCAAGCCGAUAACCUUUACUUGAAGACGUUGCAGCGGUACCAGCGGGUGGUGCAGCAGCGAAACAGGUUGCUUCGCCUCCGCCGGGAAGGACGGGCGGGCGCAGAGGAACUGGUAUUCUGGGACGGUGAACUGGUCCGGGAAGGGGCUUGGCUGACUUGGAAGCGUUCCGAGGUAGUAAAACGGUUGAACACCUUGUGCGGUGAGCAUCACUUGCGGUUGAGCGGCACCGAGGAUGAUUUCCGGAUGGAAUACCGGCCCAGCAUUCCGGGGGGCGGGGACCUGCAGGAAGUGGAAGACAGCUUCAGGGAGUCGUUGGCGGCCACCGAGGCACGGGAACGAGCCACCGCCACAACCGCCGCCGGGCCGCACCGGGACGACUUCGGCCUGUGGCUGAAUCGGGUAGACAUGGGCACCUACUCGUCCCGGGGGCAAGCACGAACAAUAGCCUUGAGCCUGCGUCUUGCCGAAGCCGGCUACUUGGCUUCGGUACGCCGGGAGGGCCCCAUAAUGCUGCUGGACGACGUUCUCUCCGAGAUGGACGCGUCGAGGCGGCGCCGUGUUAUGGAAGAGACCGCCCGGUACCAGCAAACUCUCAUCACCACCACCGACGUUGAUCUGGUGAGGGACUACUAUGGCUCGUCGGCAGGGUAUUUCCGCGUUGAAAACGGUAAAGUUUGUCGUGAUGCCUGA